AUGGCAGUACUUAAAUCUAUAAUAAUAGCUUUUGUAACAUUGGUAGCGUAUUCAUCACUUGUAUCAGCUGAUGCUACGCCAAAAGGAACAAAGAACGAUACUCAAAGCGCCGUCGCUACAUUUACCCAAGGAGUAACUGGAAUUAUUACUUUCCAAGGAUAUUAUGACAACACUACAAAAAAAACCAGCACUGUUAUUAAAGUUGACAUUCACAGUGGUCUGAAUAAUCACACUGGAGUAUAUCCAUAUCAUAUUCACGUAAACCCAAUUACCAAUGGUAAUUGUACUACAGCUGGUGGACAUUUGGACCCAAAGAAUGUAACCGAUGCAUACACUUGUGCACCACCAAAUCUCGUCGCAUGUCAAUUAGGAGACUUGAGCGGUAAAUAUGGUAAAUUAAUACCUGAUAGUGAAGGCAAAAAUAAAACUAGCGAAGUCGAUGAAUUUCUUUCUUGGACAGACGAAGCUUACUCAAUGCUAGGUCGUUCAGUCGUAAUUCAUUUUCCAAAUGGUAAGCUCUUUUUGCUUUACCGUUAA